CUACAUCUUAAAAACAUGUAAACAAAGUGAUGUGUUGAACAGCGCUUCCUUGACUUUAGUCAGAGGGAGUUUCAGGACCUCUUGAGUCGAGUUUUCCACCGAAACUACUGCCGUGGAUACUAGAAUUAACCUGGCGGCUUUGCAAAUUCAAAGCAGAAAUGCAAUGAUGCUCUAUGGUGAUGGAUCAGCGCAGGGAUGGUGUUGAACUCUUGGGAGACUCGGCGCAGUAUGGACUGAAACAUAUGUUACCUGAGUGCUUUGUCAGUGUCAAACUCGAAACCUACGAAGAAGGUUCUUGCAGUGACUUGCAACAGUAUCCAGUAGCUCAAAGUACCUCUCCAGAAAAUUCUUCUCGGACAGGAUUUAUUUCUGGUCGUGUUGCACCACCAACUGAAGACUCGUCUUGUUCUCAACCUAGUUCUACUAGUGGUGUUCUUAACGCAUCAUCCAAGCAACUGUGUCUACCGCCUUCGUCUUCACACAUCAUUUAUCAAGUCCCAGCCCCAACCGCAAUCAUGCAGCAAGCAGGCGGCCAAUCGCAAGCUGCUCAGGCGUCAUCACAAGCAGCUCAAAUUGCUCAUGCAGCUGAAGCCGCUCACGUUUCUCAAUCUGGUGGAAGAGUCCCACAAGCCCCAGGAGCUCCACCACAUUUUGCUCACUCUCAUGCGAGAGCCUCUGAAAUAGCAUGGCUGUCUCAUGCAUAUGUAGAUCAAGGGGCACAGCAUUUUCACCCCCAUCAGAUGCCAUACCUUCCAAAUGAUGCAACAUUACUAUCUUCAAUACCACCUACACAAGAAGGAACUCGUCUUGCUAAGCAAAGUGGAGAGAGCCAACCAGGACCUCAAACUGUCAGCUGUAGGGCUGAAAAUAAUCCUCCCCCUGUUGGUGGUGUGGCACCCGGUGACUCCGCUGAUAGUAAUGCUUUCAUCAGUUACGUUUUGAACCCCCAACGGGGUGUGUCAGCUGCUGGUAUAUUUUUAUUUGAUGCUUCAAGAGGACUACCAUCACAAAGCCCGCACCAAAUUCAGCCUGGCAAUGAAGCUGGGAGCAGAACUAAUGAUACUCACAAUGGCAGAUCUGUAGAAGAAUCUAUUCGAGACAACUCAUCUGAUUCAACUAGCACUUCAGAAUCACCCAAGCCUGGAGAUACUCACCUUGUGUCUCGUUCUUCACAAACAAUUGUGACCAUGUCACAGAUUCAAGAUAAUCCCAUUUUACCUGAUGCGAAGAUAAUUGUUAACGACGCUUCAGCCCCUGAAAUAGCAGAACAAGAGGACAACAAGGACAGAGUCUUCGCUGAUGCUGAUGGUGAGGAUAGCGAGGAGGUGUCCAGCAUGGAUUCAGAGGGGGAACAAGCCUUUCCGCAUCAUCAUCAGAAUUGUCAUGGGCGUGAAUGUGUAGGUGACCGGUGCAAUGGAAGUGGUGGGGGUUCAAAGGCACCUGGUGCACGGGGGGGUCCAGCCCACGGUGCAUCUUCAAGUCGCAGAAAUGACGACAGUGAAAAUUUAGGCAGCACUAACUUCCCAUUUUUGGACAGUGAGAGACCAUUUCGCUGUGAUAUAUGCGGUAAAACUUAUGCAUCUCAGCAAGCUCUUGUGAACCACGAUCGGUACCAUCGUGGUGAACGACCCUACGAGUGUGAAACAUGUCACAAAGCAUUUGCCACAAAUUCACACUUAGUGACACAUCGACGCACUCAUACUGGGGAACGCCCAUUCCAGUGUCAAUUGUGCCAACGUUGUUUUGCUGAUAGGUCUGCUUUUGUAAAACAUGAGCGCACUCAUGGUCCUAAUGGAGCUAUUGUCAAGCGAUAUAAGUGUGAUGAGUGUGGCUCUGGUUUUGUUGAUUCAUGUGGCUUAAAGAAGCAUAUACGCAUUCAUACAGGUGAAAGACCAUAUGUGUGCAAUGUAUGUGAAAAGACCUUCUCAACAAGUUCAACUUUUGUGGCACACAAACGAAUACAUACAGGAGAGAGGCCAUACAAGUGCGAGUCAUGCGAUAAAAUGUUCAUAACUAAAUCUCAUUUACUUACCCACCGUCGAACACACACUGGUGAAAAACCUUUCACUUGCACAGUGUGUAAUCGUUGUUUUGCUGAUGGUUCUAGUUUUCGGCGCCAUGAACGUCUUCAUACUGGAGAGAACCGCCAUAUUUGUAUGCAGUGCGGCCGUGGCUUUCCACUAGAGUCCUCUCUUGAAAAGCAUAAACAAACCCAUGUUCAGUCAGGUUCAUUUUCGUAUGUUUAUGAAAAUCGUAAUGAUCUGAAUUGCCUAUCAUCUCAACAGCCCCAAAGUUGUGAUGUGCAGGGAAAUCGUUCAGGGCGAAUCUCUCUUCCUCAGGUCAGAGAUAACUCUGAUCGAAAUAGUGGUGUGGAUUUGUCUCGUGAAAUCACGGACGAAGUAAAUAGAAACAAUCUUUGUGCUGUUGCAUCUCGAGAAAUAGAUUGCGAAAAUCAAAGCUCUCAUUCAACGAUUAUGGUUUCUGCCAGGGAAAUAGCAUAAAUUAUUAAUUCAAUAUUUUGAAUAUACCUCUAUUACACUGAGCAAUAAUAGUUAACACUUGCAAAAAAAAUUCUUUUUCUGACUAUGUUUUUUCUGUGGUUUGGUUGGUUUGGAUUGUUAGCUCAAAAUUUAACCAGAUUCAGUCAGAGCAAACCCAAGUGGCAUGAAUUCCUUGGUUUGAUAUGAACUACAGCAUGGCUCCAUUUGAUUUAUCUUUACUGAGAGUGAGAUAUGGAGCACUUACUAUUUGUCUGUUCAUAUUUGCUCAAGUUGUGAGAAAAAUCAGUCUCUAAUAUGUGUUAAUUUUGUGGUGCAUCCAAAAAUUUGUUCCUUGUUAUCUGAUGAAAAUGCUUUUAUUAUUUAAGUUUUCGUUUCCUUAAUUGGCCUCAUUUUAAUGUGUAAUGUGGGCCUUAUUUUAUGAUUUUAGUUGCAGUUUGUUUCAUCUAAUCUAUGUAUAAAGUGUAAUACUUUUUUAAAUGUUUAUUUUACCUUUGGCUAUUGUUAUGUUUAAGGUAUAGUAAUGCUUUGAGAGACUAGUUGAAUGGUAUUGGAAUUGAUUGUUACAGACUUCUUAACCUUAGUGUGUUGCUGUAGGUUCACCUAAUGAGACUUAAUCUGUAUAGGUUUAUAUUUUUUUAUUUUGGAGGUGUUUUCCAACAUGCCGUGGAAUCAUUGUAUACCAUUUAUUGUGCAUUAAUGUUCAGAGACAUCAUGUAUGAUUAAUAUCUAUACUACCUAAUGUAAUAUCUUGCCUUUUUCUAGUGGCUUGAUUUUUUUACUGGUACAUUACUCUAAUGGCAGUGAGAUUAAUGAGCUGCCAUUGUUUUUGACAGCCUCUGAAUGUAUAAUAGCGUGACACUCCAAUUUUAAGGAUUGCCUUCUCUGAAUCAGCAUACCUUCAAGUGGAGAAGCUUGCUGUAUUGUAAUUUAAUGCUAAACAAUUAAGAUAAUGUUUGAACACAGUAGAUAGUUGGCUCCUAGGUAGAAUACUUCUCCAUUUUGAUAAAACCAUUCCUGGUUGAAAUUUGUUUUAUUUUAUUUUUUUGUGCUCCUUCUUCCUUUCCAUCUCUGACAGGUAUGAUGCAACUGCGUUCUUUACAUACCAUUGCAUCUUCUUCUGCUGCUCCAUACUCAUAGAUAUUUGUCUUUUUCUCUUGGUCAAUUUGACUUAAUGAGCAGAAGAGUACCAAUUGUGGUCCAAGCAGUUAAGUUGUGGGAAAUUUGACCUGAUCUUAAUCUCACAAUCUAGAAGUUGUCCAUUUUUUGGUAAAGGUAUUGAGCAGAUUAAGACAGUCGACAUGUCUGCAUGAUGGCACAUACUUUAUCACUAAAUACAACUUUGCCAUCACUUCGUUUAGUUUUAUUGUUAUUGUUACCAUGUGAUGUCAAAAUCUGUAUUGAAUAGCCCUGGUGCAUGCAGUUUUCCUUGCUGGUUAAAUUCAUUACUAUUUUCAGUUUGCAACUUGUCUCUCUCUGACGAACAGUCUAGGUGAUACAUGGAAUAAAUAUAAUAACAACAUUGAA